AUGUCCACAGGCUCUAAAAAGGUACCCAGCCCUGACCUGGAGAGACUCCGCCGCCGCAACGACCACACCUGGGAAAACGGCCGUCGGUACCACGGCCACGAAGACGAGUUCCCCUUCCCAGACGACUUCGAAACAACAGCGGGCAUGGUAUGGAGCUUCCUCCCCGAUAAAAGGCCAUUCAUCGCCCCCCUCUCUCUCCCCUUGAAAAGAGGCACCAAAGUCCUCGAUGUUGCAGCGCGCAGUGGGGCCUGGUUGUACUCUCUACUGGACAGCGACAUUUACGGAGACGCACGCGUUACCGGCAUCGAGCCCGCAUGGAUGGUGAAGGAGACAGGGCCAGCGUGGCUGCUGCACCGCGACCUGGAGGGCCCGUGGCCGUUUACUGCCAAGGAGGCCUUCCAUUUGAUUCACGGCGAGGCACUGGGUGGGCUCCUCGUCGACUGGGAGGGUUUUUACUCCAAUGUGUACAAGCAUCUAGUUCCCGGUGGGUGGGUGGAGAUCCGGGAGCACGACCUGCGCUUCCAUCCUCGCCAAGGCAAAGAGGAGGAAAUGGAGGGCAAGUGGGAUGCGAUUAGGGAGUGGUCUGCAUUGCUGGACGAGGCGGCGCGGAGAUUCGGCAAGCAGAUUAAUAUGGGCACCAGACAGAAGGAGCUAAUGGAGCAGGCGGGCUUGGUUGAGGUCCAGGAGCAGAUGUUCAAGGUACCUAUGAGGGAAUGGAAAGAUACCGGCAGGUCGACAAUCGGCAGGCUUACUAUUGGCGAGCUCAAUCAUGGUCAUUUGAAGAACCAUUUGGAGGGAUAUUCGCUGCGCCUAUUCACCAAGACCCUGGGCUGGUCGAGGGAGGACACGGAUGCUCUGCUGAAGCGCGUCCGCCAGGAACUUGACGACGAGAGCCUGGAGCUAUACUCGUUGUUCUACUUGGUGAUAGGGAGAAAGCCUACGAAUGCCCCGAGAAAGUAG